AUGUCACGCCAAAUCCAGCUCGUGCGCCUCGCCCACGUCUUCUACAAACACAAGAACAUCGACGCUGCCCGCAAGUUCUACGACGACUUCGGCUUCUACGAGACGGAGCGCGCGGGGAACAGGACGUACUACCGCGGCUAUGGCUCCGAGCCGUUCGUCAUCUGCGCGGAGGAGGCCGCGGAGGACGAGUUCGGAGGUCCGGCGUUCGUCGUCGAGUCGCUCGACGAUCUCGAGUACGCCUCCAAGACGCUGCCGAGCGCGACCGAGAUUUACGAGCUGAAGGACGUUCCCGGGGGCGGCAAGUGUGUGACUUUCAAGGACCCGGUCGACGGGUGGUCGUUCCACCUGGUGUACGGGCAGACGCCCGUGGAGAGGAGGGAUCCUGGGUUCCCGAAUCUGAAGUUCAACUUUCCCACGGAGAAGCACCGCGAGGUCAACCACAAGCAGCGCUUCACGAAACGGCCUGCGCCAGUACACAAGCUCGGUCACUUCGGCGUGUGUCUCACCAACUUCGACAAGGCGUACGAGUUCUACACGAAGAACUUCAACUUCUUCCCCAGCGAGCUCGUCCACGCCCCCGACAACAAGGACAAGAAGGUGACCGUCUUCUUCCGUCUGGGUCGCGGCAAGGACUACGUCGACCACCACUGCUUCUUCUUCUUCGAGGGACCCAAGUUCCACGUCCACCACUCGUCGUUCGAGACGCACGACUUCGACGCGCAGGUGCUCGGUCACGACUGGCUGAGGCACCAGGGCCACAAGAACUGCUGGGGAGUGGGCAGGCACAUCAUGGGCAGCCAGAUCUUCGACUACUGGUUUGAUCCUUCUGGCUUCAUCAUGGAGCACUACGUCGACGGCGACUUGCUCGACGAUUCGGAGCCGACGCAUCAUAACCCUGCGUCGCCGGAUAACCUCCAUGUCUGGGGACCCGAGGUGCCUUCUGAUUUCUUGCAGUGA